AUAUAGUCAUGAUAAAGGGUAGAUGAGGAACAACAACGCCAAACUUUGAACUGAGAUUAAAUAAAUAAAAGAUUCGCACGUCUUACUGCCGUGUUUGUCCUACUGAGGACACCGUAGGCGUGAAUGGCUGGAGUCGUUGCCUAGCAACAUGAAACAUCCUCAUGACUCUGAGCACAGCUUUGGUAAACAAUUACAGCGAUGCUCUGAACAUGUCCAGCAGUAGAGAAAAAGCCGCUUCUAGUCGAGUGCUGAACUUCCUGUGUGAGUGGGACCGAGGGAAUAAAUCCACUCGCGCGCGAAUGCUCGAGAAAUUCCUGCAGGAAAACACGGGAAAAACGAGUCCCGAGCUGGAGCUGGAGUUCGCUCAGGCCGCCAGUCUGUUCCUCGCUCGCAUCACGGCCUGGACGAGACUGACCUACAUGUUCAGCACGUGUCUGCAUCUUCAGCUCCGAGCGCUGGGAGUCUUCCUCUCCGCUGCCAGCAAUCGCCGCUACCUGUUGGAGUUCCUGGAGGUGGGAGGUGUGAUGACUCUGCUGGAGAUCAUCAGUCAGAAGCAGAUCAGAGAGGAGGAGAAAGCUGAAGCUCUGCGUCUGCUCUGCAUCGUCUCUAACGCAGGACGCAAGUACAAGGAGAUCAUCUGUGAAAGCUACGGUGUGAAGGUUGUAGCGGAGUGUUUGGUGAAGUCGGACUCGGAGGAGACGCAGCACGCAGCUUCCCGUCUGCUCGAGUCUCUGGCUCACGGAAACCCCACGUACCACAGACAGGUUUAUACAGGACUCAUCUCUGUGCUGAGCCGCAGCUCUCCUACAACUACACAACUCACACUACACACUCUACACACGGUACAGGCCGCGGUAAAGACGGCGCAUCCUGCCAUCGUGGAGCCGUUGUUACAUUUGCUGCGCUCUUUCCAGCUUGAGGUGCAGUAUGAAGCUAUAGAGCUGAUUAAAUAUCUACAGCAGACGGAGGUGAGAGACGCUCUUCUCAACGCUCUGAUCGCUCUGCUCAAACCAACCAACCAGGGAGUUCCCAAACACAAGAUCCUGCAGGAUCCGGCGAUGGCGAAGAUGAGCAGCUCGUUACCGCUGUUCGUCCAGCAGGCAGCAGCAGCCAAAGCCCUACGGAUGUUGGCCGUGGAGAGCCGGGAGACGUCUAAAGAACUGAUCCGCCUCGGAGUCGUGCACCAUUUACUGUACGCCAUGGGCAACCAGGAGCACGCAGAUGCUCAGAGACAGGCCAGCCUGACUUUACAGCAUUUUGUGCACUCGUACCCUGUGGUUAAGGAACACGUGUGCAGAGCCAUGGGACCUGCUCUUUUCCACUCGUUUAUGCAUAACGCUGAGCUGCUCUACAUGAACAUGGAUGAAGUUCAGGCUGAUAUCUUACUGAACAACAAAGUGGAUCUUUCAAGAGAAUUUGAAGAGCAGGACCCAAAAUCCUGAGCAUCACGAUAACGUGUGACUUCUUGUUUCUUUUGUACAUGAAUAUAUACACACACACACACACACACACAGACAUGCACACGCACACACACACGUGCAGUCGUUGUCAGCGUAUUAGUAAAAACUGAUGUUAGUGUGUGUGAUGGAAGGGAGUAGUGACGGCUCAAAGAGUCAUUUGUUCAUUUGACUCAGCUCACCAUUAAUUGACUCUCGGAGUCGACUCUUUCGACUCCCAAAUGGUUCAUCGUAAUUUUUUCGUAUUAUGAGCAGUGAUUGCUGAAAUAGUUUAAUAAAAUCUUUAUCCACCUUCUUAUUCAUAAAACAUCACUUUAUAUGUAAUUAAACAAUUUAUAGUUGCAAUCAACAAGUCACUGCAGACAUGCGUAAAUAAAAACAG